ACUGCACAUUGCUUAACACCAGCGGGAAAUGCGUCUCGUCUGUGAGAGGUUUCUUACAGCGUGAGGUUUCUUAUAGCCUCCCUUCCUUUAUAACAAAAAUAAGGGCGGCAAGGCAAAUAUGUCACGCCAGCUAAGAAGAACCCAGCGCCCCAGUUUCAUCGUGUGCAUUCUUGGCAACCUAAUCGCCGCAGUAACCAGUGCCGUUAUCACCCUUGUGGACCCGAAUUCUCCGGCAGAUUCCAGCAAGUCGCCGGUCCAGACGCACUGGGGAUAUACAGACAGCGCAAACCAUACAGCAGAUCUUUUACCGGAAACCUGGGCAAAAGCGUAUCCGGGAUGUGAUGGCCGUCGCCAGUCACCCAUCCCCAUUAACACGCGGUUGGCGGUGCGUGAUCCGGCGCUAGAACCGGUGGCUUUCGUCCGGUACGGUACUCCGUCCAGGAAUGAUAGUUGGACGGCCGUCAAUCUCGGGCAUGUUGCGCAGUUUACGGGCCAUUAUGCAACCGCCCCGGAGAUCCGCGGUGGCAGCCUGGGCGAUGAUUAUGUAUUCCUGCAAUUUCAUUUUCACUGGGGUUCUGUUAACACGCGGGGAUCGGAGCAUGUGAUCGAUGGACAGCGAUAUCCACUUGAGCUGCAUAUCGUGCACCGCAAAAGCAUUUUCUACGAUAACGAAGCUCCUGGAGAUUCCACGGGUUUCGCUGCAUUGGCUAUCAUGUUUGAACUGGCAGACAGUCCAGUGGACGAAAAUGAUCCUCGCUUUGUCCGUAUCAGUACGUUGUUCACGGCUCUGUUGGAGCUCACACAUCCCGGUCAAGCCAAAGAUGUGACCCUGAAGGACUUCCGGCUUCAGGAUUUCAUCCCGACCUCACCGGUGUACUACCGCUAUCUGGGGUCCUUAACAACACCACCCUGCGCCGAAGCGGUGAUGUGGACCGUGUUUAAAGAGCCGCUGAAGGUCACGCAAGACCAGCUCAAUAUGUUCCGUACCCUGAAAAAGCAUCCACAUGGUGAUGCGGCCAACAACGUGCUAGUAGAUAAUUUCCGACCAGUACAGCAGUCACAUGGACGAGAGGUCAAAAUUUACCCCGGACAGAUUGUAACCACUACCACGCAGGCGACACCGGCGUCACCGCGAUGGUUAUUACCGAAUCCUUGUUUGAGCCUUAAAAGGGUGGCACGACGCCAUAAACGACAACCAAACUGGGCCUGGACACGCCCGCAGGAUUGUCUAAACUCCGAAGAAGACGAUGACCGACGUUAAAGGGAGACUGAGUCGACCUUAACUGGUUGAUGCUGCUGCAGUGCCUUUUUGCUGGAUGUACGCUGUACAGAAACAACACACAAAGAGCAGAAAGACCCAAUAUGGUCAGCGUGUUACAAUACGAGUAACCGUAUUUUAUUGGAAAGCGGCUAACUACCGUCUAUGUUUUAUUUCUGCACACCCAUCAAAAAGGAAUAUCAACCAGUACGUUACUACUUUGUCUAAAAUUUAAAUAUAACGGUAGUCUACUGUUGUAGAGAAUAAAUAGAUCAGCGUUGAAUACAAUGAACAAGCUGCAGACAACGAUGGGUUAUUUGUUUACA